UCCUCGCCUUGAUUUGGUAAUUUCUACGCCGUCUUGACCUUCUCGGAGAGUACACCGCUCGGCUCGGUCAGCAACAUUCCCCGAACUAGUCGGCCAUGGACGCGGGGGAUGAUGGAGCGGGAUCAUCGCCCUCUCUCGAACUGGACGAACUCGUUCCUCCCCGCCUCGAAGACGCGGGCCUCGAAGACUGCGCGCUGCCCCUCGAAUCCAUCCAGCUAGCGUUCCUCAAAGCCGCCGCCGCCGCCGCCGCCGCCGCCGACGCAUCGGACGCUCUCGAAUGCGAAGAUGUCGUGGCUGGGGAUCUGUCCGAGCCUGACGAACCCGCGGAUGACGUGGCGGGUCCUUGUUCGAGAGGUGAUGGGGGAGGCAAGGCGGAGGCGAGCAGCACGGACGAGGUGGAGGAUCCGACGGUGCGGGAAAUGCAGAAAUUGGAGAUUGGGAAGAGCGGGACGGAUUUGAAAUCUUAGCGACGAGGCGGAAUGGGCUUUGUCGGGGUGCUGCAUUGGUAGAGUUGCGGAGCUUGUUCAUCUCGAUGGAGCAUUUUGUAUCGUUCUUGUAAGUUCGAAAAGUUCUGCCCCCCGUGUUGUUGUGCUUGUCCCGUUCUUUUUUCCCUUCCUGUGUAUCUGGUGAUGAUAACCGGUGAUCAAUCCGUUGGGUCGAUUCAAUUUACAUGUUCGGUAGAGAAAGGAGGCGUGACGAUGAUUGGUAAUGGAUUUCGAAAUGGUAAUUGGUGAUCAAGGCAUUACUUUA